UCUGGGUCCAGCACAACCUCCAGUGGGGCCAGCACAGCCACCACCUCUGGGUCCAGCACAACCUCCAGUGGGGCCAGCACAGCCACCAACUCUGGGUCCAGUGUGACCUCUGCAGGCUCUGGAACAUCAGCGCCGACUGAAACACACACAACUUCUGGUAGAAUUAGCACAGGCGCCACUACUGCAGUGAGUGAGGCGAAGCCUUCCGGGUCCCUGGUGCCGUGGGAAAUCUUCCUCAUCACCCUGGUCUCGGUUGUGGCGGCCGUGGGGCUCUUUGUUGGGCUCUUGUUCUGUGUGGGAAACAGCCUGUCCCUGAGAAACGUCUUUAACACAGCUGUAUAAUGCCCCUAUGGGCUACACUCUGGAGGGAAUCAUGGAGUCCCCCCCAGGACCAGGUGGAGCCCUGACUGGUUCUGGAGGAGACCAGUAUCCUCAAUCGCUGUGGAGAUGAGCGGGAGGUACAACGGGCCCUGAGCAGCCCCCAAAGCAACAUUCUUCAGGGAGGAAGAGACCCAGGACCCAAGACGUGCUUUCCUCCAUUCACCCCAGGAGACCCCUUCCAGCUUUG